GUCUGCUCGGGGAGGGGGCGGCCGUGGCGGCGACGUUAUUUCCGAGGUCGGCAGCGGAGGCGGUACGGUGCGUGGCGGCAAGGGCGCCGCCGAACUAGUCGAUAAAAUGGUUAUGAAAGCUUCUGUAGAAGAUGAUGAUUCAGGAUGGGAGCUCAGUAUACCUGAAAAGAUGGAAAAGAACAGUACAAGUACAAAUUGGGUAGACAUAACUCAAGAUUUCGAAGAAGCUUGUCGAGAAUUGAAGUUGGGAGAACUGCUUCAUGACAAGCUUUUUGGUCUUUUUGAAGCUAUGUCUGCCAUUGAAAUGAUGGAUCCCAAGAUGGAUGCUGGCAUGAUUGGAAACCAAGUUAAUCGAAAAGUUCUCAAUUUUGAGCAAGCUAUCAAGGAUGGCACCAUUAAAAUUAAAGACCUAACUUUACCUGAAUUGAUAGGGAUCAUGGAUACAUGUUUUUGUUGCCUGAUAACAUGGUUAGAAGGUCAUUCCUUGGCACAGACAGUGUUUACUUGUCUUUACAUCCAUAAUCCAGACUUCAUAGAAGAUCCUGCUAUGAAAGCUUUUGCUCUGGGUAUCUUGAAGAUCUGUGACAUUGCAAGGGAAAAAGUAAAUAAAGCUGCAGUUUUUGAAGAGGAAGAUUUUCAGUCAAUGACCUAUGGAUUUAAAAUGGCGAAUAGUGUGACAGAUCUUCGAGUUACCGGCAUGUUAAAAGAUGUAGAAGAUGACAUGCAAAGAAGAGUAAAGAGCACUCGAAGUCGACAAGGAGAAGAAAGAGAUCCAGAAGUUGAACUUGAACAUCAGCAGUGUUUAGCUGUAUUUAGCAGAGUGAAAUUUACUCGAGUAUUACUGACAGUUCUCAUCGCUUUUACUAAAAAAGAGACAAGUGCUGUUGCAGAAGCUCAGAAACUGAUGAUUCAAGCAGCAGAUCUUCUUUCCGCAAUUCACAAUUCAUUACAUCAUGGGAUCCAAGCACAGAAUGAUACUACAAAAGGAGAUCAUCCUAUUAUGAUGGGUUUUGAGCCUCUUGUUAACCAGAGAUUGCUUCCUCCUACCUUCCCUCGAUAUGCAAAAAUAAUCAAAAGGGAGGAAAUGGUCAACUAUUUUGCAAAACUUAUAGAUAGAAUAAAAACUGUCUGUGAAGUUGUCAAUCUAACAAAUUUACACUGUAUCCUGGAUUUUUUCUGUGAAUUUAGUGAGCAAUCACCCUGUGUUCUUUCAAGAUCCCUGCUACAAACUACUUUUCUAGUGGAUAACAAAAAGGUCUUUGGGACCCAUCUCAUGCAAGACAUGGUGAAAGAUGCACUUCGGUCAUUUGUCAGUCCUCCGGUGCUUUCCCCUAAGUGCUGUCUGUAUAAUAAUCACCAGGCUAAGGAUUGUAUUGACUCCUUUGUUACUCACUGUGUUCGGCCAUUCUGUAGUCUUAUUCAGAUCCAUGGGCAUAACAGGGCUCGACAAAGAGAUAAACUGGGUCAUAUUCUUGAGGAAUUUGCUACCUUACAGGAUGAGGCAGAGAAAGUUGAUGCUGCACUUCACAGUAUGUUGUUGAAACAGGAACCUCAAAGACAGCAUUUGGCCUGUUUAGGUACCUGGGUCCUUUAUCAUAACCUUCGAAUUAUGAUACAGUAUCUUCUAAGUGGCUUUGAAUUGGAACUGUACAGUAUGCAUGAAUACUACUACAUAUAUUGGUAUCUAUCUGAAUUUCUUUAUGCCUGGUUGAUGUCAACAUUGAGUCGUGCUGAUAGCUCACAAAUGGCAGAAGAAAGAAUAAUGGAAGAGCAGCAAAAAGGUCGUAGUAGUAAAAAAACAAAGAAAAAGAAGAAAGUUCGCCCAUUGAGCCGAGAAAUCACAAUGAGUCAAGCCUAUCAGAACAUGUGUGCUGGAAUGUAUAAGACCAUGAUAGCUUUUGACAUGGAUGGUAAAGUAAGAAAACCCAAAUUUGAGUUGGAUAGUGAACAAGUUCGAUAUGAACACAGAUUUGCUCCAUUCAACAGUGUUAUCACACCUCCCCCGGUGCACUAUUUGCAAUUCAAGGAAAUGUCUGACCUUAAUAAAUAUAGUCCACCUCCUCAGUCUGCUGACCUAUAUAUGGCAGCUAGUAAACACUUUCAACAGGCAAAAAUGAUACUGGAGAAUAUCCCAAAUCCAGACCAUGAGGUCAGUCGGAUCCUAAAAGUUGCCAAACCUAACAUUGUGGUCAUGAAGUUAUUGGCAGGGGGGCACAAGAAGGAAUCUAAGGUACCCCCUGAAUUUGACUUCACUGCUCACAAAUACUUUCCAGUUGUGAAACUUGUUUGAAAGGGAUUAAAAAAACUGACCCUAAAGAGGUAUAGAAUCUGAACUUUUAAUUCCAUCAGAGAGCAGAUAGACAUCUAUCAGUCUUACCACAUACUUGAGAUGAAAUGGAUUUCUUUACCAAGAACCUUCAGAUGAAGUACUUUGAGUCUGACAGUCUCACGUGACCUGAAUGAAAACUGCUGUUUUAAAGUGGUUUGUUGUUAUGUUCCAUGGAUGAAACGGAUCUUAUUGAUGAACAACAUUGUAUGGUUUUAUUACAGAUUUAAUCAUAAAUCAUUUUUUAUGAAUGAAUUGAGUGAAACGGUGUUUGUAAAAGUUAAUAAAAUUCUUGACUGAAAAUGCACACUGCCUGAGAGAAAAUACAGUAGCACUUUGUUAAUACA